CGGAGCGCCGCGCUCCCCGGUGGCGGGGGCAGGGUGGAGGCCCGGCGGCCUCGGGAGGAGUAGGGUGGUGCAGGGGACCGCACGGAGUCGGUGGUGUGAUGGACGCUGUUGACUGCUGCGUAGCGGGAGCCUUGGGAAACCAGCAGUCUCAGCUGCUGCUGGACUAUAAGGGUUCUAGCAUUUUUUUUUUUUAUUCCUAGCUGUUUGGAAAAAAAGGUUUUCAUUUCGUAUAUUUCUUAUAAAUAAUCCUGAAAGGGGUGAUGUCAUUAGGCCUUGGAUAUUGGAAUCUGGUGCGGGAAAGUGUCACGCAGAACAAGGCGGUAGGGUUUGAAGAGGUGGGGGCCGUUAAUCAGUGUUGUGAUGGAAUCCAAUUCUGUUUAGAACCUGCACUUGCAUCGGGAGCCAUGUGGUCAGCUGAUGAAAUUGCUGAGCUAUGUUACCUGCAUUAUAGGACCAGACUCCCUAAGCAGGGGAAACCGGAUCCAGACAGGGAAUGGACUUCACUGGCAGCUGUUGUCAAAGUGGAGUCUUGCACCCAAAGAGAGGUUCUCGCUAGUCCAGGGAAUCUGCAGGUAACGAAGGAAGUUGUUGCUAUGGGAACCGGAACAAAAUGUAUUGGCCAAAACAAAAUGAGAAAAACUGAUACCACAAUAGGCAGACACUGCAGGAAGUUUGAAGAUGAGAUGUGUAAACCUGGAGACAUUCUGAAUGAUAGUCAUGCUGAAAUUGUGGCCAAGAGGAGCUUCCAGAGGUAUCUCCUCCAUCAGAUGUGGCUGGCAGCUUCACAUCAGCAAUGCAGUAUCUUUAUUCCAGGAACUGAAACUGGCAAAUGGAAACUCAAACCAAAUACCAUAUUUGUUUUCUUCUCCAGUCAUACCCCAUGUGGAGAUGCUUCUAUUAUUCCAAUUGGCGAACCAGAGAACCAGCUUUCUAAGCCAGUGACUGGAGAUGAUGCAGCUGGGCAAUCAGAGCGUAGAAGUAACCAUGAUCAUUUGGGUCCAGAAGAUAAAAGGAAAUCAGAGAAAACGGCAAGUAAUCACGUAAUCAAGAGAAUGAAAACUGACGAUGAUGGUUAUUUUUCUGUAAUCCCUGAAGACCUGACUGUUCAGCAAGUAUCUGUGAAACGUGAAGACGACACAAAUCCAAAGAGCUGUGAAUGUUCUGCAGACAUGCAAACAGCUAAUAAGGAGACUGGCUUAGGGAGACCGAAGGUAGUAGAUGUUUAUAGAACUGGAGCAAAAUGCGUACCUGGAGAGCUGGGUGAUGCCCGAAUACCUGGGCUGGGGUAUCACUGUGUGGGAUUAUUACGAGUGAAGCCAGGUCGUGGGGACAGAACAUGCUCUAUGUCCUGCAGUGAUAAGCUGGCUCGCUGGAAUGUGUUAGGGUGUCAAGGAGCUCUUCUGAUGCAUUUCCUGCAGUAUCCAGUGUAUCUGUCAGCAAUUGUAGUGGGGAAGUGUCCAUAUAGCCAAGAAGCUAUGCGGAGAGCAAUUGUUGAAAGGUGUCAGCACAUCUCAUUUUUACCAGAUGGUUUUGUCCCUCAGGAGGUUAAGCUGCUGCAAUCGGAUCUUCGAUUUGAACAUAGCCGCCAGGCAAUUCAGGAAGUACAAACUAACAGCAAAACAAAACUUGUUCCUUGCAGUGCGGCUAUCAGUUGGAGUGCAGUCCCUGAGCAACCUCUGGAUGUCACCUCAGAUGGCUUCCGGCAGGGAACAACAAAGAAGAGGAUUGGGAGCCAUCAGAGCAGAUCCAAGAUCUGUAAAGUGGAACUCUUCCAUACAUUCCAAAAGCUGGUGACAAGUAUUUCACAAGAGGAUCUACCAGACACUCUCCGGAUGAAGACUCUAGAAACUUACUGGGACUACAAGGAAGCUGCAUUAAAUUACCAAGAAGCCUGGAAAGUGCUGCGUAGCCAAGCCCUGCUGGGUUGGGUCAAGAAUGCCACGGAAUACCUGCACUUCACAUGAGACUACAUGUGGCUAUGUAAAUCCAGCAAUAAGCCCUGGUGCACAGCAGAUACGUCUGCAAUUCAAGGGCCAGGAAAAGAUGUCCUCUAGUUCAUGUGCUGUAAGGAGACAAGGGUGAAAAGGAAAGCAAUUUAGAGAAGUCUUUAUUUUGGUUGAGUUGAAGCUCCCUUUUUAUUGAAAUAUAGAAAAGGAUCAUUGCAGACUUAAAGUUCUGAGCUGCAUGAAACAAUAUGCCUCCAAAAGAAAGGAAGCAGUGAUGUGCUAUCCUCUGUUAUCUGAGGAUAUGAUCUAUCGGCCAUAGUCCAUUGCAGUGGAAGUAAUGUCAACUGAAAUUGAAGCAGUGCUAUGGAAGAAAGGAUGUCAUUGUAAAAUAUUAGUGCUGCUUUUUUCUUUCACUCUUCAUAAUGUUAUGGUUGUUUUUUUGUUGCUGGGACAACCCUAAUGUAUAGUAAGUAGUAUUUUUAUAACUCUUGGCUCUCCUUGUCUGUUGCCUGGAAGAAUUUUCCGUGUCCCCAGCCCCAUUGCUUCUGACUGGAAAUACUAGUUCUGUUAAAGGGUCUUUUUUCUGGCAGUCCUUCAUAUAAACUUCUAUUUACUAAAUAUACCCAAAGCAGAAGCAAAAGAGUGCUGGGGAGAAGGCUGUGCCAAAUAAUACCACUUAUGAUAUUCCACGCAUCUCUCUUAAUUUCAGGACUUUGCCAGAUACCCCUUGAACUGCUUUGCUUCCAUGGGCAGGAAAGAUACCUCCUGAAUUACCCGGUUCAAACCUGUCAAUCCUGUCUAAUUCCAGGCAAACAUUUACCUACUUUCUACUGUUUCAAGCACUGUCCAUCCCCCUGUCCCCCUGUGAUACGUGGUUAAUUAAAAGCAGGGAUGCCUUAGCCAUUUAUGUCACUGUUUCCUGGCAAGUGUUCAUUAACAGCCUGGCAAAGGUGGAGAUGCUUUGGGGGGGACUGGAAGUAGUCUCUGGCAGCCUUUGUGUUUUAUUACCACAUAACAUCUGCAUGGCAAAACCGUCAACGUUGUGAGCUGUGGGGAAACAGUGGGUAAUCCUCCUUAAACUUUCUGUCCCAAUUGUUGCCUUUUGUGAGCAGGACUAUGUAACUGCUGCUGAGCACACUCCCCUUUUGCACUUUUUCUGUUGUAAACUACAAUUCAUAAAAUGUUUGGACAAGGCAAUGGCAGGAUGAAAGAAGUGGAUAAUUUAGAACUUAAGAAUUCUUUAAUGAUUUUGCUUUUCUGUUCUUUGGUAUCUUACUAUAGUUCUGGAUUUGAAAAAUGGGCACAACAGUUCUCCAAACAGCCUUUACAGUCAGCCUACUGAGCUACAUACAGGACCAAACAGUACAUAUCACGUUGCAGUCUGAGACUUGAUUACAGCAAAUCCUUUUACUUCACACUUGGGUUGACUUCUCAAAUAAGAAUAGUUCUCUCUUACUCGUUGAAUAAAUAACAAAGAACUUGAAUUCUGUGUGUAUAAGCCUGUCCUCUCAAAUCCAGCACUAAAAUGCAGAAAGAACAGUUGUAUUGGUGAGGGGGGGGAGUUGCUGUAUGUGUUUGUAGAGGGCAGAGGAUUAUGGAGAACGGUGACUUGCGUUAGUAGUCAUCAGAGGAUGAAAAACGGCCAGAUGCCAUUGCAGAUGGGCUACAGGGUGAACUGCUGAAGAGAAAUGGUAGCAGUUAUUGUAAUUGAGCAAACAGCAUUCCAAGGGCAGAGUCCUGUAGCGUACCUAAAGAGAUAACCAGUAAAUUUGUCCUUCCCUGAAAUCUUGCAGAAACUAUACCUUAAUGUACCUAGUUUCCCUUUGUUAAUCAACAAGGCCUGUAGUGACCCUGCUGGCCAGACUGGAAUGUUCCCAUUUCCUAUCCAGCUGCAAUAUUAAAAUGGGUUAUAUAAGGCUAGUUGUUCUGUAGUCUUGGCGUCAGACUAGUUUUCAGAUGAGCAGUUAUAUGAUGUAAAUUCUUUUAACUCUUUCCUAAAAUUCGAGCCUGGCUGUUAGGAGAGAUUGUUCCUGGUAAGAUUUUCCCGUGCAUUUGUAAAAUACUUGUGAACCGUAGACUGCUGCUUUCUGCUACUUAACAGGUUUAAAAGUAGUUCUAGAGGUGCUGAACACUGAUAUUAACCUCAUUUUUUGGAUGGAGUUGAGGACCUAUUUAAGCCUAGAGUAAGUCAAUGAAUACACGAAGAGAGGGAGUAUAAGCUCCUGCAGGCUUAGCCCCUCAGCUUUUUAAAUGCUGCUUUGUUUUAGCUCCUUUCCCUCUCUGGCAUGUCUGGGAUUGAAAGGAAGUAUUUAAAUGCUGCAUCUGUUUAAUUCCAAAAUGUCAGCAAAUGCUGUAGGCAGUACUGAGAAACCGCUCUAAAAAUCAGAAGGGAAAAAUGCAGAGAGAAGACACGACACAGUCUCUGCUUUUGGAAGAGGUAGCAAACUAAACUUUCAUCCUUGUCAGCAGAUCUUUGGAAGAACUGCUCCUGGAAGGUGGCAGUUGACAUGUUCCAAGCUUCUAUCACUCCUUUGCACUGGAAUAGCUGACACUGAAAAACAGAGAUAGGCAAGGUGUAGGGAGGACAGUAGAAUGCAUAGACUCUGCCACAGGGGAGCAGUGUUGUGGGGAGGUGAAGUAGGGGGAAUGAAGUGCCCACAGUGCAUGGUUAAUGAGGACAACCAAACAAUUGGUAAUGGGAGCAGCAGAGCGUAUGAGGGCACCAAGAUUCCCAAGGCAUGUGUGAAAUGCUCUACAGAGCGUAUUUGUGUUACCCAGAUAGGUCCUUGACUUUCCAAAACUAGUGUGGGGACCAAUGGUCUCUAUUUGCCAGAACAAAGAAACUGUAAUCUGUAUUUUGAGUGGUAUGUCUUUAACAGUUUCACUAUUGGAGAAAUCAUUCUGUUUUCAAUCACAGUAAGAAGGCAGGGCAGACCGCCUGCUUAUCUUUAAGGAAGUCAAAACCAGAGCAUAGAAACAAGUGUUUUUGUCCACGUGUAGAAGUAAACAAUCUAAGCUGGAGGCCGCAGUUCCACAAGACAACAUGCUAGCAUCCCACUACCUUUGAAAAAGCAAGGUUUUGAUCUUCACAGUGUGUUUUCACUGCUCACCUUACACCGGCUGGAGCGCUUACUGAUCUCAGUAUGUUCAGAGUAAAUCAAAGACUAUUCAAAUUACUGUCUUUGUAGAAAAACAAACCAUGAGCCCAAAACAAGGCGUAGCUUUUCACUAGAAGUUAAAUCAGCUUUGCAAUAAGCCCAGUAAACAUUAGAGGAAAGGAAGAGCUAGGGCUUUGCUGCUGAGGGCAGAAGGAGGUAGAGUCAGGGUUCCUUUCACUUGUUAAAAACUAUUAGCUGGUUAUGAAACCCCAUCUGGAGAAAAUGCUUGAGGUGUGAGUAUGGAAAUGGAGUGUGAGUUACUACUGGGAAGCUACUGUUGGUAAGGAGGAAAGAAAGGGGUUGGGAGUAAAAUUGGGAGCCAAAUGUAGUUGAGGGACGUAGCAGUUCUUUCUCUCAAAGCAUAACCAUCCCAGGAAUCUGAUAAUGUCAUUAUAAUAGGGUUGCAGCAGUGGUUUACAGGUGGAAGAAAGAUAAUGAGGAUAGACCAUCUAAAUUCAUCUAGUACUGGCUUGGUUAUAUCAGAGAUGACAUUUCAAGUUAGCUUAAAGGUAGGUGAUGUACAAGUGUUGCUGUAGGAAUAGUGAGGUAUUUCUUAAUUUUCUGUUCAGUGUAUAAAUUGAAAUGUCUUCCCAGUCCUGAAGGUUUAACAGAAAGUAAAGAUCAUAGGGGACCCAAAUGCUUGUGAUAAUUUUACAAGAGUGACUGUGCUAUGUAAAGGGAUGCAUUUAAUCUGUGCAUUUCAAAAGGAAAUCUCUUGAUGUUUUAUUGCCAUUUUAAGUGCAUCUGCAGAUGAAAAGUAAAGUUACCGCUGUAGAACAUUUAUUCUUGCAUUCUCUGGAAUUACUUGUGUACCUGGGCUCCUAAAUCUAAACUAAUAACUACAGAGAUGUUAAAGAGAGUAGAUCUGUGGCUUAUGAAGGGUAUUCCAAAAGUCACCUCAAUCAUAACAUUGGGAAUAAAACUUCAUCUUCCCUUGUUUUGUUUAGAUACAUCUAUGUGCUAGCAUGUAAUUAGCUUUAUCUAGCAGUUGUAAGUUGCGUUUCUUACUUUCUUGUUAACAGCUAGCAAAAAAUAUUACUUGAUAACCAUAGACAAACUGUGAAGUUUCAGCUUAAAGGAAACAGAACAUUUUCUGGUAAUGAAUCACAAAUGAAACCACUUUUCUUCCUUCUGAAUCAAAAAUUCUGUUAAGAGUAAACAUUAAUACUAAAUGUGUGGAAAGGGGGGGGGUGGAAGGAAUUCACGAUAGAAGCAGCGACGGAAUGUUUACUAAAGCAGUGCUAUACUGAAUAAUUAAAGGCUUACUGAAAUCAACAGCACAUUUUCAGAUGCAGUAAGCACAUGCAGCACUGUUACUGUGACAAGCCUCGAUAAUAGAGCAGUGUCAGCAUUUCACAGGCUCCUACCUUCUCAUUUUGGAGUCCUUCUGCCAGUACCCAUGAAUAACUGUAGAGCCAAACAUAAUUCUAGGCAUAAUGUGACUUCAUGGGAGUUUGAGUUAGUAUGACUUUAAGCUCGGAAAGUGAUAAAAUUUCCACUGUGACUAAACUAUUUUAAAAACUAAACUCUUCUGUAUCACGUAGUGUGAAAACGAAGUAAAAUUUUUAUUAGGAAUCUAAA